AGCGCUUCUGCUCCUGAUCACGCCGCAAUGGAAGAGUUUCUCAUUCCACCUUACAACUGUGGAGGUUACCCUGGCUAUUUCCCCUUUUAUCCCGGCAAUGGGAAAUUUAAACCCCAGAACUGGAACAAAAAGGGAAACAGUUUCUACGUUGCGCCAGACGCCCCCGAUUAUCUCGACUUUUACAAGCGCGCGCAGUUAAAAGCGAUAUUAUCUCAGGUGAACCCGAACCUGACGCCGCGCCUCCGCAAGGCCAACACGAGGGAGUUCGGCGUGCAGGUCAACCCGAAGAUAGACGCCACUGUCCAAUGCUCGCUCGGGCCCAAAACGCUGUUUUAUCGCGGUGAUAAAUGGGAUUUAACGCUAUCGAGGACGCCGUCCGUCAGCCCUCUGAAAGACACCCUGCCCAGCACGCCUGUCAACACCGUGCGCUUCUCGCGCCCCGUCGCCAUCUACUCUCCCGUAUUCGACCGCAGGAUUUUCUCCUUAUCCACGACUACCGGUGAAAGUAAGGACGAGGACGAUGGAGAGGAUGAGAGCAAGGAGACGGACAGCGAGACGGACGACGAGGAGAAGUGUAAACCGGAUGAACCGACGCACAGCGAAACACCGCAGGGGAAGUCUGUGAUUCAGCGGAAUAAACGGUCAAACUUUCAGUUUCUGGAGCAGAAAUAUGGAUUUUAUCACUGCAGUAAGUGCAAUAUUCGAUGGGAAAGUGCGUUUGUGUGGUGCAUCUCGGGAACCUCCAAGGUGUACUUCAAGCAGCACUGCAGGAAGUGCCAGGCGGGACUGAAUCCAUAUAGAGUGGAGUCCAUUCAGUGCCAGGUUUGCUGUAAGACCCGCUGCUGCUGUGAACGGAAGCAGAGGCACAUUGACAUGCGCCGUCCUCACCGCCAGGAUCUGUGCGGCCGCUGCAAGGGCAAAGGCCUUUCCUGUGACACCAUCUACAGUUUCAAGUACAUAGUGUGAUUUGCGCCGGUCUAUAAAUGUGUUUUAGAAUCUUCAUCGAGGGCUCAAGUGACGUUUUUGCGUGGGAUGUACUGUAUUUUUGUAUUAUAAUAAAUUUAUAAACUAAUAAAGUAUUGCAGCAUAA